UGUCUUGGAUAUAGCUCAGAAGUUUAGUGUACAAAGGAUUCUCAGGUUGAUAUUUGCCAAAUGGGAAUGGAUCAACAAAAAGUGAAUGUGCUUGCGAGAGAUUAUUGUGAUAUUACAAAGAGGAACAAACCUGUUAUUUUAUCCCACAACAUGUUACCUGGUCCACAACAAGGGCAAGAUAAGAUGUUAAAAAAUGACCCAUCAACAUGCAUUUUCAUGGACGAUACACUGCCGGUAAGGAAACACUUUGAAAACGACAAGGAUGCUAUAGAGCUACACAAACAAUUCAAGGCUUGCAAAAUCCCCAAGUAAUGUGUUGAUUAAAGACUUCAAGCUAAUUUUAUUUAUUUGCCAAACAGGCAUAAAAAAUUUGUGGUUACUAAUUUGUAUAUUUUGAUAGAGUUGUAAAAGGGUAUGACAUGACUAUGUAUAUUUACCAAAAUUCGUUUCGAUGUUAAGAGCAAUGAAAAUAAACUAACCCAAGAACUGUGGACGAAUCCACGUUUAACCAAUUUGUAGCAGUUGGCCACACUGACCUAUAUUUUUAGUAAGGUUUUC